GAAUAAGUUGCGGUAGUAAAUUUAAUGACGCAUAGUAGUAGUCGUUUGACCUUAGAUUUGUGAUUAAUCAUUGUUUAUGUAAAGCUGUUGGUCCCAUAUUUAAUAGAACACGUUUCUGAAUGGUGUGGAAAGGAGACGUAAAGGGUGCUGUUUCUAUAUUACCAAUGUCUUUGCUGAGAGGUGUGUUCAUUGUUUCUGCCAAACGUACCCCUUUUGGUACUUACGGAGGACUGUUGAAAGAUCAGUCUGCUACUGACCUGGCUGAACAUGCAUCCAGAGCUGCCCUGGCUGCUAGCAAGGUGGCCCCUGAGCUAGUAAACAGUGUUAUCAUGGGCAAUCAACUGCAGAGUUCUCCAGAUGCAACAUAUCUCCCCAGGCUUGUUGGCCUUCGUAUUGGUCUGCCUUUUCCAGUUCCUGCUUUAAUCGUUAAUAAGCUUUGUGGAUCAGGUUUCCAAGCAGUUGUCUGUGGAGCACAGGAAAUCUGCUUAAAGGAGUCUGAGAUUGUCCUUUGUGGAGGGUCAGAGAACUUGAGUCAAAAUCCGUAUGCUGUUAGAAGCAUCCGAUUUGGAACCAAGCUUGGAGAAGACCUUAAGCUGGAAGAUACCUUAUUGGCAAGUUUAACUGAUCCACAUAUUAAACUUCCAUUGUUGCUUACAAUUGAGAAUCUCGCCCAGAAGUAUAACAUCAUCAGAGAGGACUGUGAUCGAUAUGCACUGCAGUCCCAGCAGAGGUGGAAGGCAGGCAAGUGUAAACUUUGUUGA